AUGGCAGGAUGGAGUCAUCAUGUCUGGACUUGGCUCUGGAAGGUGAGCGUCUCUGUAAGGCAGGUGACUACCGCGCAGGUUGGAACAGAGGACCUCCAAAUCCUCAGUGCCAUCUAUAGCCAGCUGGGAAAUGCCUACUUUCACCUACAAGAGUAUAAUAAAGCUCUGGAGUACCAUCGGCAUGACCUCACACUCACCAGGACAAUUGGAGAUGAACUUGGUGAAGCUAAAGCCAGUGGGAACCUUGGGAACACUUUAAAACUUUUAGGACGGUAUAAUGAAGCUGUGGUUUGUUGCCAAAGACAUCUGGAUAUCACGAGAGCCAUUUGUGAUAAGGUUGGGCAGGCUCGAGCUCUGUAUAAUUUCGGAAACGUUUACCACGCCAAGGGUAAGAACAUCUGCUGGAGUGGAACAGAGCCAGGAGAGUUUUCUGAGGAGGCCAGGAUUGCCUUGAGGAAUGCUGCUCAGUACUAUGAAGCAAACCUGAGCCUGGUAAAGGAGUUAGGCGACCGUGCAGCCCAAGGCCGUACUUACGGGAACCUUGGUAACACUUACUAUCUCUUGGGUGACUUUCAGGCUGCAAUAGCUGCACAUGAAAAGCGGCUUCUUGUUGCUAAAGAGUUUGGGGAUAAGUCUGCUGAACGGAGGGCUCACUGCAAUCUUGGCAACGCACACAUUUUUCUCAGCCAGUUUGAUGCGGCUGCAAGUCACUACAAGAGAACUCUGCAGCUGGCCAGGCUUUUGAAGGACAGAGCAGUUGAGGCUCAGGCCUGUUACAGUCUGGGCAACACCUACACACUUCUGCAGGACUAUGAGAGAGCCAUUGAUUAUCACCUCAAACAUCUGGUCAUUGCUCAGGACCUCAAAGACCGAGUCGGUGAAGGUAGAGCCUACUGGAGCUUAGGAAAUGCCCAUACAGCCCUGGGAAAUCAUGAGCAGGCCAUGUUCUUUGCUGAGAAACACCUGGAAAUUGCCAAAGAGACUGGAGACAAAAGCGGUGAGGUCACAGCUAGGAUGAAUUUGUCAGAUCUGCGGCUGGUUGUUAGCCUGAAGUCAAACUCCAGCAUUCAUCAUAUCUUCCGCAACACCAACACAAACAGCCCUGUCACAUCAGGCACUCAUCCAGGCUACCUCAACCUACCGGGAGUGAAGUCUUCAUUAAGGAGGAGAGGUAGUGCAGACAAUCUGGAAGUUAGUCCAAAUCCUGAUAAAAGCCAAAGUGGAGAUUUAUCUGCACAUCUGGACUUGGAGGAGGAUGUGUUUCCUGGAUCAUCAAAACACAACACAAUCAAGGCGUCAACAAAACUGUUCUUUAUCCAACGGCUUAAAAGUAAAAAGCACAAGAACUGCAAAUCUUCCCUGAAGGAAGAAGAAGAAAACCUCUCUGAGCACACAGCUCCUGAGCAGGAAACCUCAGUGUCUCAUAAGCUGAAACCACAGGACACUGUUGGGGAGGACAGCUUUUUCGACCUCCUCUCUCGUUUCCAGGGCAACAGAAUGGACGACCAAAGGUGUACACUGGAUACCCAGAGCCAUGUCCCUUCCCAUCCCUCUCCCUCCUCUAACUUACCUGUAGCUGAAGGAAAAUAUCCAGAAACUCCAUCCCAGGAUCCUGGUCAUUUCCUGGAGCUGCUGGCCAGCUCCCAGGCCCGUCGUCUGAACGACCAGCGGGCCAGCCCCUGCCAUUUUCCUGGCUUACGUCUCAACGCCUCCAACCCGCCUCAUAUACCCUCCACCUCCAGCACAGACCAAGCCCCCACACAAGCCCUAAUCUCCAGUGCAGACACACCUCCCACACCCUCCCUGUACAGUCACCUCGAGGCAAAUGCUGACCAGCCCGAGGGGGAUGAUGUCUUCUUUGAUAUGCUAGUGAAGUGCCAGGGUUCCAGACUGAACGACCAGAGGUGCGCUGCUCCAUCUUCUACCAAUCAGGGGCCGACUGUUCCGACCGAGGAUUUUUUCAGUCUCAUCAUGCGUUCCCAAUCCAACAGGAUCGAGGAGCAGAGAGUCCAAGCACCUACUGGCAUCACUCAGUCAAAACCAGGCUGACUUCAAGGAAAG